UACAGGUGGCAGCGCGCGUCAGUUGUGCGGUGCACUCCGAAGGGUCAGCACGCGUCAGAGGAGCGCGGGUCAGACCGGCGUCACAUCACCAGCCAGCCGACAUCACGACACGCGGCGACCCCUCGGCCGACCGAGCGUCACCCUGCAGGAGGUGAUGCAGCGAAAGAUCAAACAAAAACUGGAGUCUGACUGUGCAACGGUACAACUCUGAAGCCGGCACAUUCGACACGAAGAUGAGGCAGUUCCACUACCGAUUUAUGGAGCUGGAGCCAGUGGCUGAGGAGGACGAGCCCCAGUCACUGCCGCUGCAGCAGCAGCAGCAGCAGCAGCCGGAGGAAGAAGCAGCCGCCGCUCCCGACAAGCUGUGCUGGCCGCGCCUCGGACCACAGGUGAAUGAAGAUGGUGCCGGCGACAAUAGCGAGGAGCGUGUACAACGAUUAGAGGACGAAGUAGCUGAGUUGCGUGAGCUGAAUGAGCUCCUAGAGUUUCGUUUACUAGAGAUGGAACACUCUGAUACGGGUGGGUCCCAUCGCUGCUGCUGUGGUCCUGUGUGCAUGCGGUCACAAACAGACAAUACGCUUGACAAAGCUGUGCCCGGCAGCCGCAUUGUGGCAACCGUGCUGCCCUUCACGGCCGAGCAGAGGUCGCCACCACCCGUGCGCCCUAAGCUUAGUGACAGCAGCCACGAGAGCGGCAUCUUCGAUUCUGACGACCACGAUGAUGAAGACCGACUUAGCGACGAAGUUGAAAUAAACGACCAAGAUGAUGACCGUGGAGAUGACGAUGACAUAGAUACUGAUGACGGCUUUGAUACUGGCUCUUCUCCUCGUGCUUCACCACACCGCCGCCUCUCCCGCAACAAACACAACUACCACAGAUGCCAGGUUAUGCAGAGGGAGGUGCCAGCAGCAGCAUGCUCACAAGCCACACAGACAGAUUUGCUGUGGCCUGCCGAAACUAUCAGCUGUGCUUCACAGACUGAUGAACCUGUGGGCUGUGGAGCACUCACAGGAGAAAUACAGAAGCUGGCACUAAUUCGUGAGCACAUGGAGCAACGCGCCCGCCUUGAACAACGCUGCCAACUGUUAGAAUCCCGACGGCAAGAGGAGCAAAGGCUACUGCGUCUCUGGAUGCCUGCAGCAUUAGCCUGGGCACUGUGGCGUGUACUUCAAGCUACCAGUCCAAACACACAGCGCAGCCUCACGUUCACACCACAGCCUGUCACUACUGCUGAUGAAUCAGCAAGCUGUAAAUGCUGCGAGCGGCUGCAAGUGGAACAUGAGAAUGUGAUGCGGUGUGCAGAUGAAGUUUGGAGUGAGUUGGAGCAGCAGCAUGAGAGGGAGCUUCGGCACUGUCAUGAUCAGCUACAGCAGCGCGAGGAGCAGCUACAGCAAGCCGAGCAGAGGCUGCAUGACACAGAAGAGCAGCUACGCACAGCAGAGGCAGAUAGGGAAUCACUUCAGAUGGAGCGGACGCGAUUGCGGAGGCAGGUGUCACAGUUGCUGGAGGCAGUUUCAGCAGCAGAUGCAUCAUUGCAGCAGCUGCAGGCAGAGGUGGAUGACGUGCUUCGGCCAGAGCUGCGAACAUCUAGGCAAUUGCACGAUCAAAUGCGUGAUGCACUUGCUGCUGCAGAGUUGCGUUUCCAAAAUGAGGUGAAUGAAUCAAAUUCCAAACUACAGCAGGUGACCAAUGAACUGAAUGAAAUUAAUUGUGAAUGUGAGCAGCUGCGAGAAGAGGUUGAAACUCUUGAAGCUACUGUGCGGGAUCUGCGAGCAGAGAUUCAGAUUCAGAAAGACCAUGAAAAGGCAACAACUGCAACACUUAACAGACACAUUGUGAGUCUUGAGCAAAUGCUGAAUAAUGCUCAGAAUCACACGUGUGGAACAGAAGAGCCAGCAGUCAUAUGUAAAAAGCAUGAAGAUCAGAAUAUGAAGACACUUGUACAAACUGCAUACCAGCAAAAGGAAGAAACUCUUGAGGAACAGACAUCUAGAAUAAUUAAUGGCACAUUUCCUAAUCUUGAGGGACCCAUUGAUGAAUUGACCAAAGUUGUUCGCAGCCUUGACAGCACAUUGGAAUACAUUAAGGAAAUUAAAGAAACAGACGACGACAACAUUCCAUUGAAGCAAGACAAGAAUAAUCGCAAUUUACAGAAGCCUGAAGUUCCACCGAAGAAAUUCCUAUUGGGGAACAAUCUGAUGUCUACAGCAAAACGAGGCAUUGUGUACUGGAAUGACAUAUCUUGUGCAAAGACUACUAGAAGCAUGCAGUCAUGGAGUUUCACUAAUGGGACACUGGGAAAUCGACAAGAAAAACAUCUAGUGCAGCAAAAGUAGUCUCAGAAGAGGAGUGUCAGUCACAGUGAGCAGUGCACAUGUUGUGGGCCUCACUCUACUGGAUAGAGGAGAAGCUACAUCACCAUCAGCAGGAUGCAAACUGUGACGUUGUGGUGCCAACAUUUCAUGUGUUACAUGGCUUUGAGAAAGCUUAUUUCUUGUAUAAAGAAUAGCAUUUGAUGUUACACAUUCAUUUUGUGCGAGAUAUGACCAGACAUUACUGGAAUUUUCUAAAAUGCAGAUUGUUAUCUUAGUACAUCAGUUGUAGUUGUAUAUAAUACCUGUUUCUUAUUAAGGAGAGAUAAAGCUUUGAAGAAAUUUUACACUGAGAUAUCUGGUUGUAGAAUUUGGCAGUGAACAACUGCAAAAAGUAACUAUAUUCAGAAAAGCAUACCGUCACUGCUGAAGUGCCAUUCAACACUCUUAUUCAGUCUCAGUCCAUGAAAUUGUGACAUAAAGCAAUAAAGUUCUGCCUACUGGUCAAUCGUUCUAUGGCAGUGUAUUCAUGAAUCAUAGUGUGGAGCAGUGACAUUAAACGAUGGUUCAGUUUCAUAUAUGAAUGUUCCUGUAACAGCUGUGAUCACAAGUUGUGGGCACAUGUCAUGACCUUACUAGCUUUUGUCUAGCUUUGUCCACCACACGACUUGAGAAUCUCAUGACAAACUGCCAUAUAAGAUUUUGCCCAACUUUUUUAAAACGGUGAGCUUAGUCACCAUUUCUGAAUGUCACGUGCAGAAUUUACAGCAGAUUCUCAGAACUGCUAAGGAUUUUUCCUCAACUGGAGUGCUAGAAUUGAGUACAUUAGAACAACUGAUGAACUACUUAAUGGAGAAGCUAAUUGUAACAGCUGGGAGAUUUAGAUGCUAGCAAUAAGCCUCUCCUGAUUUUGCCAUCCUGAAAAUGUUAGACAGAGGUUCAAGCAGUUUUCUUCUUGCAAGUCAGUUACCUGUAAGAUAAGAGCUGCAAGGAAUUUAGUUCACAGUUCAUCCGGCACUAUAAGAUAAAACAGGAAAAUAGGAGAAUAUUACAAACUUUCUUAGUGAAUCAUAUUGGAAAAGGUUUUUAAUUUGUAUUAUGAAUCUGGAUAAUUUUUGGUCAUAUCUCAUAAACUGUUUCCAAGCCAUAAGGCAUGUGUUAUAAGAUGCCACAUUUUAAUAGACUGCUUCAGCACUGCAACUUCAGGCUCAUAAAGUACAGUGCUGAAGAAAAAUUGUAAAUAUGUAAUUUUUUUAUUUGUUGACUUAUAAACAUAAUUAUUUUGAUAAUCACCAUUUCACAAUGUAAGUGUACAGUUAAAUGUAAAUGAUCAUUUCAUGUAACAUUGAAUAUAUAGUGCAAAAACUAUUAGGUGCCAGCUUACAAACUAUGCACAUUUACUGUUGUGUUAUUCUCAAAUAUGUAAUGCUGUCUCCUAUAAAACUGUAUCAUUCUGCUGAAAAAAAUGAAAAAUACAAAUCAACCACAAGA